UAUCUCUUUACUCAGGGAAUGUAUAGUUGCUGUCAGUUUGAGGAUGAGACGGCACCAGGAGGGAGCAAAAGCUCCUUGCCCCAGUACCACACUGUGACUACCAUGCCCUCUGUCCCCCAACAGCACCUCGUUACAGCUACAGUCAACAACACGACUGCCAUUGCCAUGGUGCAACAGCAACAGCCGAAGCACCACCCACAGCAACAAGGGCAGACCUACACCACUAUGCUCCCUGGAUCACCACCAGCUACAGGACAUUCAGCAAUGGCUCUGGGUCCCUCAAACAGCCCUUUAUUGGAGGGCCCCAUGCCUUGUUCCACCUUUUUGCCUCGUCAUGACCGCAGACUGGCAGUGGUUGAUCGAUGGAACAGGCCAAAGCCAGAAAAGGUCAUGAGCGGAGGUAGCAGUGGAGGAGUAGGUGUUGGGGGGAUUGCAGGAGGGAUUACCGAUCUACAGUCGCAGCAGCAGUUUCAACAGAGCCUUGGAAUGCACUGGAGUCUACAAGGAGGAGUUACAGGUGGAGUAGGAGGUAGUGGCGACACAGGGCUUGAUGAAUAUAAGCGCUAUUAUGGUCCUAUAGAUCCAGAGGGGUUGGGGGCUAACUUGGACCAACAAGCAGGAGGCCCUCAGCAGACUCCCAAAACCAAUUCUCGAGGCUUUAAAGCCCCAGGGAUACCAAGGCUGCCUCCUAAAGGUCCUCAUCAAGGACAAGCCCACCUAAUCUCUAAGCCGCCUCCACCAAUCCCAUGCUCUCCACGACGGCCUCCAUUCUGGCGACGAGGAAGCCUUGUACAGACAAGGAGAAAGGGCUCAGGAGGUCCUCUAUAUGAGAAUAUACUCCCUCUAGGAAGACGGGGAGGUGGAAGAUACGGAGCAAGUGAUGGUGUUGGAAGAAGAGGACGUCGCCCCCCUCCUCCUCCUCUUCCAGUCCCCCUUUCUUCCCCAACACAUACCCCUACCACUCCCUCUUCCCCAUGCCGUUUCUACUCAUCCUGUUCCAGUGCCUCGUCCUCUUCCUCUUCCUCCUCCUCAUCUUCAUCAUCCUCUUCAUCCUCUGGGUCACUUUCUCGAUCCAACUCCCCAUCCUCUUGCACCAGUGACAGCUCCUAUAACUCUUCGCUAAGUUUCCGGUAUCGUGCGGGCGAUCGGGAUUUCACGGUAGAUGAUGAAUAUGACUCGGACCUUCUCACAGAGGAGUCCAGCCUUCUUCUAGGGUCACGGAAAAAGAUUCGCUCACGACGCAUGUCAUCGCGUUCACUGCCAUGCAGCCCCCCGCCUCCUCCAAUACCACCACGAAAACCACACCCGCAGAGAAAUUAUGGUAGAGAGAGAACCAGCAGUCAACUGGCCCAGUUGCAGGAGUGGUGGGCAUCAUGGGGUGACCGAGAGCGAGGAAGGGGAGGCAUGACAAACAAAGGAAAUGCAGCUUUGGGCAGAGAUGAGAAGAGACAUCACAAAGAGAGGGAGCGUGAGAGAAAAAGGAGGAAGAAAGGUCGGAAAAAGAAGAAACGAGAAGAGAGGGAGCGGGAACGAGAGCGAAAGCGACGUAAAGCAAAGAAGAAGAGGAAAAAAGAUGACAGGUUAAGGAAGAGAGAGCGCAAGAGAUCUGAGCUGGAAAGUGGAGAUCAAGAGAAAAGAGAGGAAGGUAAAUCAGAAAUGCCAGAAUUCCCACCAUACCCGCCUUCAAGGCGAGAGUCGUUUCGGAAAAAGAGUGAGAGCUCCAUCCGAAGCUAUGGAUGGAACAUUCCAGGUGAAGAGGAAAGAAAAGAAAGGGAGGAGAAUAAAAGGGAAGAUGGCGAAGAGAGCAGAGGAAAGGAUAGACACCACAGGCGAAGAAACAUCAAGCAUCACCAUAGCUCCGGUAAUAAGCCUUCUACAUCUGUUAAGUUCUGGGGUGGGGGCAAUCCUUCUGACAACAUUCCAUCUGCCUUUCUGCCCUUGCUACCCGUCUCUUCUAAAAGAAGAAAAAGUAAAAGUUCUGACAGAGAUGCUGUGUGCAUGGAAGGAGAGAGGAGGCCAUUGUUGGGACGGAAUGAACGUGGUGAAAUGCACUCGAAGGAAGGGCUAUCCUUUCAUGAGUGGGAGUCUGAAGUUGAGGGAAGAGAGGAAGAUUCUGAGUCAGAGAGGCGGAAAGCAGAUCAUGGAAAAAGGCACGGAGGAAGUAGGACUUUGUCAGAUGAGGAUCGAGAACGUGAUAAAGUAGUUGGGAUAUAUUCCGAUGAUGACGGUUCUUCAGGAGAAUUUGGGAAGUUUGAGAGAUACUGGGAGGAUCAUGAAGGUAGGGCAGUGGGUGGGAUUGGAGGAGGAGGUUGGUUUUUCAGCACGUAUCCCUCAAGGGACAAAGCGGGCACCAUCAACAGCAGAGACGAUCUCUUCCUAGAGAGAGGAGAAAGGUGGGGGACAGCAGAGACUGAGUGGGGUUCUAGUGCAGUUGGAGGUGGCGGUGGUGGAGGAGAUAGAGAGUGGGGGUCAGGUUCACACUGGCCCCCGCCGCCUCUCACGCCACCUCCUCCUCGAAGAUACUGGUCAGUGGACAAGCUUCACAUACAAGAUGAGAAGAAGACCAAACGCAAGUCUAAAGACAAGGGAAGGGGACACACAGCUUGUUCGACCUGUCAAUCCCCCCGACACCAUCCGCACUACGCUAAAUGGGCCCGUGUAACCUCACGAAGCCAGGAAGAGCUGUACCCCCACUGCCAGAAUUUUGGUGGUCCCUUAAAGCCAAAACAUGAUUCCACAUCAUCAUCCAAGCCUGACCGAUCGCAUAAUCCAUCGAAAUCUGGAAGCCAGUCAAACCUCAGCAUUCAGCAACGGACACAGAGAACAGACAGGGAUCGGGAUCGAGGAAGACCACCAUCCCCACCUUCUUCUCUCAUUCCAAACUUGCCAUCCCCACUCCCUGCCCUUCCAGCUCCUCCCUCCUCAGUUCACUCUAUCCACGUUCCUCCCCUCACAUCUUCUUCUUCUGUAUCUUCUCCCUCGGUGGUCUCGUCCACACCGGGGGCGCCCCAGGCCUCCUCAAUGGCUUCGGCAAGUGCCAAACUACAGUACCAGAGACUGCGCUCCGUACCCCAGCCCCAGAGGUUUCCUCAGUCUCCUCAUUUACCCCUUAAAGCCAAGAGCCUGUGCUCACGAAGAGGAUCAGCCCAUUUCUCCAGUGUGGAGAGUGAAGUCUGAGGUUGAGCAAGGUUUCACGAUUUAUAAGAAAGCCCUGCGAGGCUAAGAUUAGGGGGAGGACCUGCAAAUGUGGCUGCACAGCAACAAACAGGGCUACACAGCCAAGUCAGUACAGCUCUGAGCCCUUUUCCCUAAAGUUCUGCACAAACAAACCUGAAAGCCAAACAAACCCAGGGGAUUAUGUCAAGGGAACACAGGACUAUUCAUGUUUUUACUGUUGUUUCAUCAUAAAUCUACAAGUGUGUGAAAGACAAGAACUACAUCAAUGACUUUCUGAAAUGUGCUAAACAAAAAUAAAUCAAACUUCAAAAGUGGUACAAGUAACGGGGGCCUAAUCGCUUUUAAAAGUAAAGACUUUAUAAGGUCAGGAAGAAAGUUAGUGUUUUCAGAGAAACUUAAUUCUUGGUGAGGGCUCAGGAACUUUAUAGUACUUUAUGCCCACUGCUCUCGGAAGCCUUUAAACACAGUAAACUGUUUGUUUGCUUUGUUGUUCAUUUCUUCGUCCUUUUAAAAAUCUUAAUUUUCCUUUUCCUUGACAAACUGUUUACACCCCUGCAGAACUGUGACACCCACCUGAGGCAUCUUUCUUACAUAAUUAAUGCCUUCUUGGUUAGAGAGACAAGAGGGUGAUGACCACAUUUCUUCUUUUUUCUUUUGUAGAAAUUUUUACUUUGCUUCUUUUUAUUCACUUGAUUGUUUCUUUAUUCUGUACCUUUGUUAUUUUUUGGAUGUGCCUUUUGUUCCCCACUUCUUUACGUAAUUAUUUCUUUUUUUUAUUCCAUUUCUCUUGUCAUACCGUCCUGUUCUCCCCUCUUGGCUCCUCUCCUUGAUGUGAUUAUUCUGUAUGUCUGUGCUUUUCUGUGUUUGUAUUCUUGACAACAGGGUAAGUCAGCUGUGACUGAUAUUCUUCUGGCUUAAUGAAAAGCUGAGUGCCAAACUUAAGUAGAGUUCAACAUCAAGUCUAUAUAAUGUUAGCAGCUGUGUUUCUUUUUAUCUUGCAGAGUAUUACAUCAUUUCCAUAAUGCGCACGGACACAUGCUUAUAAAUGUGAAGACACACUAACACUCAUAUACAAGUUCAUGCAGGAAACAUUAACAAGUCAACUUAUCUACUCUCCUUCUUUAGCAAUACAUUAUCCAACCUUUGUGUUAGAGCUUUACACUUCAACACCAUGUCUUUCUUUUUGUGUCAUAUUUGUUGUUGCUAUUGAUGGUGUACUAUAUGUCAAGACAUGUAUUAAAUCAAAUACAAUGUAAUCACUGUGCCAUUCUCAAGCUUGGGUACACAAAUUGUUCUCUUAACUACCUAACAACAGAAAUGGAGGCAGUUUUUUUGUUCCCUGCCUGUAUUCAAAUGAAUGUAAAGUCAGCCGCCAACACGUGUGCUGCAACAUUUACUGUAAGACACUUGAAGAUGGGAUUUGUAGCAUUCUGGAGGGUUAAUUUGAUUUGCAUGUUUAGGAAAAGGGACAAAUAGCGUACACAUGUGAACUAAAUAAAAAAACCCACAUUUUAAGAGGGAAAGUGCAAUACAUGCUAAAGAAUUAGAACUACAGUGGAAUCAAACUGAUUUACCCUUUGUGUUUUGUUUAUUGUGACUCAUGCAAGAUGUAUAGUUAAUGCCAAGGCCAGGAAUAAAUUCAAAUUAUUUCCAAAACCUGUCAACCCAGGUUUGCUUACCAUCUGUUUAGUUUGUCAGGUGGGGUUUCACAAGGUGUUGGGGGGGGGGGGGUAGCCUUAUGCUAAUUGUUUUCGUCAUAUAUGAUGUGUUAAGUAUGAAUAUGAAGAUGAAACGGAUCAAACAAGGAUUUUAUUGGUUCAUAACUACAAUUAGUGCCAGAGCCGUUUUGAUGUCACUUGAAUUGUGCUUCUGUUGGUUGUAAGAAGAUUGAUGCAUUUUAGCUCUGAUUAAGAGAAACAUUUUUGUGUAUUUUUUUUACUUAGUUAAAAAAUGCAUUUCUUAUUUUCUAAAUGUGUUUAUUUUCUAAAUGUGUAACCAUGAGAUUAAGCAUUUUGAUUAUUGACCUGGCUGACACCAGCAGCUACACUUAAAUGCCAAGCACUUAGCAGGAAGUGAAAGUUUGAAAUCAAUUUUAAUUUAAAUCUGUUUGAAUUGAAUUUAUAGUCAAUUUAUUUAUUUUUUUGUAUGAGGAAACAGAGCCUAAGUGAAGUGUUGAAAACGAGAUUUUUUUUUUUUUUUAGUUGCUAAAAAUUCCUGAGCCAUUUUUCCCAAAAGUCUGGUCAGCUCAUGUUGAUCACCUGGAACUGCAUCUGAGCCAUAAUUUACUUUGAUGAAAACAAAAUAAAUAUUAAGUUUUUAACAAUAAAUUUGUCAUAUAGAGUUAGUCUUAUUUUCACUGAGAAAUAUAUAUAUUUCAUAUGUAUGUAUGUAUAUAUUUGUGGCAGUUGCUAACAUAAUAGAACAAUUUAAGUCUUAAUAAGACUGAGAUAUUUUAAAAAGAAAGUUCAAGUAAUUAUGGUGAAAUGCAUCAUUUUAAAUUCAAUUCAAAAAUACUUUAUUGAUCCCAGAGGGGAGUUAGGUAAAGGGUUACAAUCCCCUUUAAAAGACCUCAAAGUUGUUUGGCUUUGCACUUUACAAUUGACAAUUAAUUUGAAUUUAACUGAAAUGAGGAAAAGUAUUGUGCGAUAUGUUUUGAAGCAGUCACAGAGCAAGCAACUUUAUUUGCAUUCAACCAAUAAAAGGCCUUGACGCACUAGAAAAUCUUAGACAACUUGUGCCAACUUACUAAAAAAAAUGACUAAAUUACCAAUAAAAGUUGUUUUGAUCAAUUUGUAAUCAUUAAAUUGUCUAAAACAUAGUGCGACAGGGGCUUAACCCAAUUGUGCUUCAAAGUCGUUGCUGAAACACUACAAUACUGGUCAGCAAUACACAUAUGUAUUUGUACACAAGCUCAAUUGCACAACAGCUAGUGAUGGUGUGAACACAAAACAGACUUCUCUUUUCUUUUUAAAUAGGCCUCCACUCUUUUUUUCCUGUUUCUUCUUUUUCCUCAUGUCUAUCCAUUGUGCCCAUCUGUGUCUGCAAAUGUAAAACUGAUCUAUUAAAAAAAGAAUAUACGUGGCUAUAUUUAUUUCAUCUAAAAAAGAGCAUAUCUCUAUAUGUAUAUAUGAUAGUAUAUUUCAAGACUAUAAUAUAUGUUAUCUGAGUUUGUCUACUAAAUUUAUGGUAUUAUCUCAAUGAAAAUGUCUUUUUUCUGUCUGUCUUUCCUCGUCUCAAUCCUACUGCCCAGCUCCCUAAACCCAAGUGAAAACAGAGACCAGUACGAAAACUGUGUUUUUGCUCACUUCAGACCAACCAUCCGCCUCCAUUAGCUAUCUAACAUAGCUAAUGCUAAGAAUUCAACAUAGUGACAGAGGAGAGCGAGUGUCUUAUGACCGUGUCACUGUAGCAGUGGUGGUGUGUGUUUGUCUACCCAGAGGGGCCUUUUUUGAUUUGGGCUACAGAUUAUUAACAAGUCUUUUACGGAAACAGCAGCUUUUACCACACAACUCUCUCACAUGUAGGGGGGAGGGGGUCUUAUUCUGGAUCCUCAGAUCUGUGAGUUUAUACCAUAGUGGACAGUGAAGUGACCUCUUGAAAACACAAUGUAGCGAGCAGCACAGGCUUUUUUGCAUUUUUAGUAGCUGUAUGACAAUAAAAAAAGACAGAGAAAGAAGAAAAAAUGCACAGCCACCCCUGCCGACCAACCUGUAUGAUAUGUUUAAGGACUUUUUAUGUAUCUGCCAAGCUGCUGUGCUGUAAAACAAUAAAAAGGAAAAUCAAAACCA